GCAAAACCUGUUAAGUAACAGGCACAGCGGCGGUUAAAGUUUUGUCCUAUUUGAAACAAUGUAUGUAGACAAAGAGUGCAGUAUAGGAAUUUCUAAACCUACAUUUUCCUCUCUAAAUUGUAGGGCCGAGAAGGACACUCGGGACACAUCUGAAGACAUGUUGUAUUGGACUCAUUGUUACUGGAGAGUACCGCUCCUGAUUGUUCUGCUCUGGGACGGCUUCUGCGCUUCAGAAGUGAAACCUACAAGAUGGCCCCUGUUCUCCCAGAAACCCCUUCUCCUCGCCUGGAAUGUCCCAACUCAGGAGUGUGGCCCCUGGCACAGUGUUUCUUUCCAGCUGGAUCAGUUCCAGAUUGUGGCUACACCAAAUGAGGGAUUUGUCAGGCAGAACUUGACCAUGUUCUACCACGACCGCUUGGGCUUGUACCCCUACUUUGAUGCGGAUGAGAUGCCGAUGCACGGGGGGCUGCCGCAGAUCGCCAGUCUCUCGCAGCACCUUAGCGAAAUGCAGAAAGGUGUUGAUAAGUACAUACCAAACCGGGAUGCUGUAGGUUUAGCUGUUAUUGACUGGGAAGAAUGGCGGCCCCUUUGGAUACGAAACUGGGGACCCAAAGACACCUACCGCAAACAUUCCCGUGAACUGGUGCGCCAAAAGAACCCAACUUGGUCCGACGAGCAGGUGGGAAAAGUGGCCCAAUUGGAGUUUGAGAUGUCUGCCAAGACGUUCAUGCUGGACACGCUACGCCAUGCCAAACACUUGCGGCCAAACAAUCUGUGGGGGUUCUACCUGUUCCCGGACUGCUACAACCAUGACUACCUGCGCUCCCUGGAGGGCUACACGGGCCGCUGCCCCGACGUGGAGGUGGCCCGCAACGAGCAGCUGAAGUGGCUGUGGACCGAGAGCACGGCGCUCUUCCCUUCCAUCUACAUGGGCAAAGUGCUGCGCUCCUCUUCCCCAGGACGGCAGUUUGUGCGGAACCGUGUGAAGGAAGGGAUGCGUUUGGCUUCAUCCGGCGACGAGGUGGCACGUCCUGUCUUUGUGUACGCCCGACCCACCUACGCCAACUCCCUGGAACAGCUGACAGAGUUUGACCUGGUGUCCACCAUCGGAGAUGUCGCUCUGGGAGCUGCAGGAAUCAUCCUGUGGGGAGAUGCAACACAUGCAAAAAACAAAACCACCUGCUCUGACCUGAACACGUAUCUUCAGGGCACACUGAGCCCAUACCUCCUCAACGUCUCCACGGCAGCAGAGCUCUGCAGCCAGAACCUGUGUGGUUCUCACGGCCGCUGCCUUCGCAAACAUCCGGACAGCGAUGUUUACCUUCACCUCAACCCCCUUUCACACCGCAUCGAGAGGCGAAACGGCAAACUGACAGUCACUGGCGACCUGGCAGACCCAGACAAAGUCCUUUUUGACACGAACUUUCAGUGCCAGUGCUACAGGGGAUUUGAGGGGAAAGGCUGUGAACACAUAGACCCGCUGCACCAAAAAGGGGCGGCGACUCGAACCAGAACAUCAGCGCUCCAGUGUGUCAUCUUCCUGAUGACCUUUGUGCUCCUGGGUUAAUGCCAAAUACAUACUUGUAAAUGCAGCGCCUUGCAGAAGUAUUUAUUUACAUUUUUAUUGUCCCAGAAACCUGAGUGUGUUUGGUUAAUGUUUUAGAUGAUAGACCAACACAAAAUGGUGCAUAAGAUCUGAGAAGGUUCACAGUUGGCUUUCUGUUUGCAAAAACACAAAAUCUUACCAAAUAUUUCUGGUCUAGUUCAGUAGUGUCCAACCUUUUUGCUCUGAGGGCAAAAAACUGUAAAUUAGAAAUCACAUGAGGUACAGCCAAUCAAAUCAAACUUUGAUGUGAUUUAAAUCACUUUUUUCUGUCUUUUUUAAAAUUUUGCUCAAUAAUAAAUAAAACAAAAAUCUUAUUGAGCUCAAAAUAGUCAUGUUUUUGUAGAAAACUGAUCUGUAAAUUCUUGUAAAAGUCAAGACCAGAGUUUCCACAUUUUUGGGGUUGUGUGUUUUAUUUGGGCUGUAAGAUUUGCUUUCGAGUAAAAAUUAUGGUUCUAAUUACUUAAAAAUUACAAUGAAUGCCAAAACUUAAAACUUAAUAGGCAGGCAGUCUAUUAUUUAUUUUGGGAAAUAAACUGCCCUGAAAGAUAAACCAAUCUAACUUUAUUUGUACAGCACAUUUCUGCUCCAAAACAUUGUUUGUGAUGAAACUACACCAAAAAAAACAGCAAGAUUUUGUGUUUUUGCAGUGCAUCAUCUUUCAGGAAGGGUAACUCAAGUCUCAAUCCUUUUGCAGCAUCUAACAGGGUAUCUUUAACCAUUUUUCUAAUUUAUCUGUCUCUUCCUCUUCUGCCACAAAAACCAGAUUUAUGAUGUGCAUAAAAAGUGAAUUAAAAAGUAAUGUAAUACUUUGAGUUGGUCUUUACCGUAAAUCUCUGACAAAUACUUUAAAGUUUGUGGUUGUAAUGUGACAAAAUGUGAAACAGAAGACAUCAAGGCUUUCAUAAAGCACUGCACACAAGCACAAAGAGGGAUUAGUUCGUAAUUUUCUGCUGCAAAACUUUCAUGAUAGAAAGUCAAACUGUAUUAUAAACAAAGUGGAUGGAAAAGUGAUGUUUGUUUAUAAAUUAUAAGCGUUUUUUAAACAGCAGAGGGCCCGCUGGAAAUGACACUGUUUACAUUUUGCUCUCCGUUUUCCCUCUGGCUCCCAAGGUGUCAAAUUCUUCGUCUCUCUACAGGAUCUGAUGCUUCUGUUGUAAAUGUGUUGAAUAAAAUGAAGGAAUAUGUUUGUUGCUGGGUGGUCAGAGUGGGAAUGAAGCACUUAAAUCAGCUUGGAGCACAACAUACACACCGUAAGUGCCAGAUUUUUAAAAAUGUUUAACCUCCCAAAAUGACCACUCUCUGGCGUCGGAUGUUUUUCCACGCAUUUCUAUUUAUUUGAAUGUAUCUGAGGUUGGAAUCUGGGUUUAUAGUUGUAUGUCUGAAUCAUGACUACUAAUGCCUUUAUACAGCUCACAGUGUGUGUAUUUUUACCUCGGAAUCACAGAGCAAGAACUUCAUUUGAGGGUAAGUUUGGAAACUGCUUAAAAAUGCAAAAGUACAAGCUGUUUUCUUCUGAUUUGUCACUGCAAAUAAAGCGUUUUUUGUGA